UAGCCCAUUGGGCCUUUCGAAUCCAGAUUCGUUUUUAGGGUUUUGGCGUACGCUCGUUUAUAAACAGCAAGAACACUCGCCGUCUCUCCAUUUGUUUAGGUUUCUUCUUUCUACCGACGAAAAUGGGCGCAUUCAGGUUUCACCAGUACCAGGUUGUAGGAAGAGCUCUCCCGACAGAGAAGGAUGUGCAACCUAAGAUUUACCGGAUGAAGCUCUGGGCCACGAACGAGGUUCGUGCCAAGUCCAAGUUUUGGUACUUCUUGAGGAAGCUGAAGAAGGUGAAGAAGAGCAAUGGUCAGAUGCUCGCCAUCAACGAGAUCUUUGAGAAGAACCCAACAACCAUCAAGAACUUCGGAAUCUGGUUGAGGUACCAGAGCAGGACUGGAUACCACAACAUGUACAAGGAGUACCGCGACACCACCUUGAACGGAGCCGUGGAACAGAUGUACACGGAGAUGGCGUCGAGACACCGCGUCAGGUUCCCUUGCAUCCAGAUCAUCAAGACGGCGACCGUUCCAGCCAAGCUUUGCAAGAGGGAGAGCACCAAGCAGUUCCACAACAGCAAAAUCAAGUUCCCAUUGGUGUUCCGCAAGGUCAGACCACCAACCAGGAAGCUCAAGACCACCUACAAGGCCUCCAAGCCCAACUUGUUCAUGUGAAAACAGUCUCUCUCUCUCUGAUUGACCGACGACUACUUCACAUAAAACCUUUUUGUUUGGGUGAUAGAGAAUCUUGAUGAUGGAAGUUAUCUGCUGUUUUGUUUCUCUUUUCAAGGAUAUUUUUCUUUAUCAACAUUUUAGUAUUCAUGGAACUAAACUCGACUGUCUUGAUUUUGUGGUUCUUGUUUCUUCUUGAUUUAGACAAAGUCCCUAAGUUAUCUCUUUA